AUGAAGAACAUUUCACGUGGAAUCCUCUUACUGUUGUUAUCACUAUUACAAGUAUCAGCAUCCUCGUUGUCCGCUCACGACAAGGUGGAAAUCCUUGAAUCCAAACGAAGCAACAUCGAACCCAUUCAACUCGACACGGACCUAUAUAAUCAAUUGACGACAAAGCCAAGAAACUAUUCAAUUAUCGCUAUCCUGACUGCUCUCUCUCCUGAACAUGGAUGUCAGCCUUGUCGAGAUUUCGAUGCUGAAUUACGUGUCCUGACUCAAUCCUGGAGUAAGCAGUAUGAGCGUGGAAGACUCUAUCUGGGUGUAUUGGAUUUCAAGAAUGGACGUGAUGUGUUUAUGAAGCUGGGACUCAACAAUGUCCCAUAUGUCAUACACUUUCCUCCUUCAGAAGGAAUACAUGCCAAGGAAGAUGUGGAUCAACAGGUUUACGAUGUAUUGAAGAGGGGUGUAUCAGCCGAAGCAUUAGCUGAUUUCAUUCGAGGUCAAACGCAAAUCAAUAUCAAGAUCCGACGCCCACCAAACUAUACCAACUACAUUAUCGGUGCAGUCGGCUUCCUCUUCACUGCUCUUAUAGUUCGAUGGCAGUGGGAUGCUCUAGUCGGAGUGUAUACCGACUACAGGAUAUGGCAGACUCUCUGUUUGGGAAUAAUCAUAUUCAUGUGCUCAGGAUUCAUGUGGAAUCAAAUCCGAGGUGCUCCAUUCUCUGGAAUGCAGGCUGGUCGUGUUGAACUCUUUGCACCUGGAUUUGGAAGUCAGUAUAUUAUGGAGACGCAGGUUAUGGCUAUGCUUUAUGGAUUGACAGCAGCAUCAGCCGUCACUUUGGUUACACUUGUGCCUACAGUGAAGGAUGUGGGCACACAGAGAAUAGUUGGAUAUGUGUGCUUGGCGGCCUUUGUCUUGUUGUAUUCCGUGCUGCUCAAGAUUUUCAGCUUUAAGAAUCAAGGAUACCCGUUCAGAAUGCUGCCUAUUUAA